AUGGUGAAGGCGUCACGUUUGCCCUUCAGCGUGGAGGCCCUCAUGUCGGACAGGAAACCCCAGGAGGACACAGGGACUCGCCAGGGACAAGAAGAUGAACAUGACAUGGUGGAGACUUCUCAACAGCUGCUAUCUGUCAAAUCUGAACGCGUGGAGGGACAGGACCAAUUGUGUUUGACACCUAUCCCCAAGACAACGGCUCCCACUCAGUAUUUGCACUGUCCAACGGCCUGCUCCUUGAGGAAACACAAGAGCAACCGUAAACCUCGAACACCCUUCACCACAGCGCAGCUCGUGGCCCUGGAGAGAAAGUUUUACCAGAAGCAGUACCUUUCCAUCGCUGAACGCGGCCAAUUCUCCUCUUCCCUGUCGCUGUCCGAGACUCAGGUCAAGAUCUGGUUUCAGAACAGACGAGCCAAAGCAAAGAGACUGCAGGAGGCAGAGCUGGAGAAAUUCAAAAUAGUCAGCGGCUUAGGUCCCAAAGCGAUGUUCCAGACAAGUGUGGCCUCUUUUGGGCUGUCUCUGCAGAAAGACUGGUCUGGCCUGGGCACAUUUAGGUCUAGCUCUGUGAUCCCUGCUGUUAAUCUGUCUCUUUACGGCACAUCAGUUGGCCAAAGGCUUCUAUUCUUCACCUGA